AUGCGCAUUUAUCUUCCAAGAGAGGUCAUUCUACUCAUAGCCGAGAGUCUUAACCCUCUAGACCAGUUGUCGCUUGUUCGUGCGUUUCCUGACCUUAUCCAUCUAUUGACAUUCCGACACCUUGCUAUUCAGGAUGAACAAGGAAACACAAUCAUACAAUUACUCGCAGAACAGGGAGACGAUGGUCUAUUACAACUACUAUUGGUGAGAAAGGGUACCAAAGCAGACUCGGAGAAUAAGAAAGGACAGACACCACUGUCAUGUGCAGCUUGGUAUGGACAUGAGAAGGUGGUGAAACUACUACUGGAUCGAGAUGACGUAAAUGCGGACUCGAGAGACCAUUAUGGCCGAACUCCAUUAUCCUGUGCUAGUUGGCGUGGACAUGAUACGGUGGUGAAGCUACUGCUAGAACGAGACGACGUAAAUGCGGACUCGAGAGAUCAUUAUGGCCGAACGCCAUUAUCAUGUGCUGCUUGGCGUGGACACGAGACGGUGGUCAAGCUACUACUGGGGCGAGACGACGUAAAUGCGGACUCAAGAGAUCAUUAUGGUCGAACCCCCCUGUCGUGCGCAACUUCACGUGGUCAUAAUGGGGUGUUCGAACUACUACUGGGGCCAAAUCAUCUCGAGGUUAGCUUAAGAGGCGAGGACAGCCUGCAAGAAUUCUUCUAG